UAACAGCACUCCUGGACCUCAAGCAGAUGGCGCUUCUUCAGGCCAAUAAAGAUCUCAUUUCCGCAGGAAUGAAGGAAUUUAAUGCUCUCCUGAAUCAGCAGGUCUUCACUGAGCCUCCCGUCUCUGAGGAAGCCAUGGUGACCAUUGUGAACGACUGGGUGAACUUCUACGUCAACUACUACAGGCAGCAGAUGACCGGGGAGCAGCAAGAGCAGGCCCAGGCCCUGGAGGAACUGCGGCAAGAGCUGAACGCUCUGUCCGUCCCGUUCCUGGCCAAAUACAGGGACUUCCUGAAGUCCUUGUGAGCACCCCCGUCACCCGCUGCCGCUCUCCUAGCCCGGAGACCCAGGCCUGCGGCGCCAGGAAACCCUUGUUCCUGCCUGCGCUCUUCGGUCCUCAGGUCUGCUCCUCUGGUGUCCCUCUGCCCGGACACCUCA